AUGGCAUUUUUACAUUCUCACUCGACGGAAUGCAUGUCCAGCGAGCUGUAUCUUUUCACGCUUCCAGCCACCCAAACGUCCAUUGAAAGCAGCAGCUUUCUGCAUUAUAAGCCUGUGUCGUCUCUUAGCGACGAUGUCGACGCACCAUUGGAAUUUGUCGUGCCGGCAAGUAGCGAGCAUUACUUUGAUCUGGCUCAUACUAUGAUUCAUGUUCAUGCUAAAAUCAAAACGCCGCCUAAUAACGCCUAUCCUUACAAAGCGUACAUCGAGACGCUUCUCAACUACGCUCCGGCUGCUAAUGAGUCACAUCUUACAUCGAGUCUGCGGUACGACGACACGAGCGGCGGUUUCGAUUCGCCAGCCAAUGCGGUGAGCACUGGUACAGCACCUAUGAUCGUGAACAAAGGCAUUAAAGAAGCUACACUCAUAGUUCGCAGAGUAAAAAUCAGUCCUGGAGUUUUACUGGCUCAUGCGCAAGCGUUAUCGAAAACCACGGCUAAAUAUCCCAUAACGAGAGUCGAAGUUAAGUCGUUUACUCUUAACUCGGGAAUAUUGGGCGAUUCGAUCGACAACGUUAUACACGGUCAGCUGCCGAAGAGAAUAAUCUUAGGCUUUGUGGAAAAUAAAGCAUUCAACGGAAACCGCGCAUUAAACCCUUUUAAUUUUCAACACUUCUCUAUAAAUUAUAUUUUUCUCUACGUCGACGGCGUACAAAUUCCAAGCAAACCUUUGCAGCCACGUUUCACAGGUCUCGACAAACUCUACAUUGAUGCUUUUCAAACACUUUACACGGGCACAGGCGUGCAUGUUCUCAACGAAGAUUUUGGCAUCAAUCGCUACAACUAUUACAAAGGCAAUUUUUUGACAGCAUUCGAUCUCACUCCUGAUUUAUCGGCACACUGUGGCACACAUUGGAAUCUCGUGCGCUCGGGUAGGAUACGCAUAGAAGUGAGAUUUGAGACGGCUCUUCUCACUGCUAUCAACUGUAUCGUUUACGCAGAGUACGACAACGUUCUGGAAAUCGACUCUAGCCGCCAAAUCGAAUUUUAG